UGAGUAGCAUUACUCAGCAUAUUAUUGUGGCUUCUAGAACCUUUCACCGUGGUUUGGUGCUUUCUUUCAAAUUGUAUUUAAGGAGAUUAUGGCUGAGUUUGCCAUUUUAUGUUUGUCAUCCACAAAUGGCGAGCACAAAGUUAGUAGAUGGUGUUGCGAGCUAUAUAAGUUUCUUAUUGGCUCCAUCUUGACAAGACUGCUGGUCACUAUUCCCUACAUUGAUGAAAUGAUGGAUCACGAGGUGGAUAGAAGGUUUGGAAGAGGACCUAGGGAGCUUUGUGGUGCUGUUGAUCUUAUAAGCAGGUUCAGGCUUCAACCUUACCAUAAAUUCUUUUGCAAGAAAGCACUUCCUUCAUCAGUUUCAGAUACAAAUUAUCUCAAAAGUAUCGUGGGAGAUAGAGAAAUUAGGAAAGGAGAAAGGCUAAUUUCGGACCAGCUACCUCUAAGCCCGCCUCAUGUAAAGAAAGGAGGCUCACAAAUCCAUGCAUUCGACUUGAAAGUUCUCUGGGAAGCUUUUGAGAUUAGACAAGCACCAUCUUUAUGCCUAUAUCCUGGAGUGGAGAGGGCUGACGCUGCAGUUGCUAAGUAUGGAUACAAGGGCAAGAGGAAGCACAAUGGCCACAAGACUAAUAGAAAAGAUAACAAGAGAAGCAAACAUCAUCAUCAUCAUCAUCAUCAUAAAAGGAUGCGAUCAAAAAGUAAAUGGGCUGGAUAGGUCUUGAUCUAUACUCGGAAGGAACGACCUGACAAGCAACUUAUUGUCUUUAAGCAUGUUGUAAUAGUCCAAAAUUUGGCGAUGGUUCCUUUCUUGUAGUGCAUUCUCAAAUACCUUUAGCUUCCUGCCGUUUUAGCUUUACCAACAGGUGAGAAUUUGGUGGUUCGGAGCUCGCUUGCCAAUAAAUGAAGAGAGGAAAGAAAGAAGGCAACCUGAAAACCUCAACGGAAUUCUCUCAUUCUCUUUUUCUUGGUUUAGAUUAUUUAGAUCCGAUGAUUUCACCUAUGUUCUAGGGCUUCACUUCUUUCUCGCCCUGAUCUUUUUCUGCUUGGCUUUUGUUCCUGUUUCAAAGGACUUGAGCUCGUUCGCAUAUAUGGCUGGAUUUUUCGACAGAGACCAGACAUUUCUGUUCAUUUCGUUUUGGCCUCAAAUUCUGCUACUGAAUGCUGAUGCUGCAUCUCUGUGCAUAACUCUGCUAUUUGAGAGAUAAUAUUGAUUCAAGCCUGAAGGUUUGUGCCUUUA